AUGACUGAAGACGACAAGCUAACAUAUCAGAUCUCUCUAGCAGGACGAUUGAGCUCUGCAGCUUAUGCUGUCUGGAAGAUCCGACAGUUAACCGACGAAAUGCAAGCAGCUGAAAAGCAAGUUGUAGACUUCACGCGACGGUUGCAAAAUUGCGAACGACAGUUAGCAGAGUCGAGGGCCGUGCAAGGCAAACCUGACAGGCCCACACAUACUCAGCUGGAGCAAGCAGCGCUACAGAACAAACAGCAACAGCUGCAACAACAGCAACAGCUGCAACAACAACAACAACAACACUUGCAGCAACAGCUACAGCAACAACAGGCCGCUACUGCUACGUUCAUUAGCGAGGCGGGCGGUGGCAUGGUAUGCGUACGUCGGGCGCCGCCAGAUGGAGCCACUGCGCUACCCAAGCAUACAGUGGCCACAGUCCCCGAGGAACCGUCCGGACGCAAGCAAACCUGGGAGCAAGCACUAGCGCACAUUAACCAACUAGCCAAGGGCACGAACAAGGAAAAGAAGAAACACAAGGAACAGACGAAACAGCAAGACAAAUCAAGCAAGGAUGUUAAAGAAUCCGCGAAAGUCAACGCGACGCAACCUGAACAGCCACUGUCCAAGAAGCAGAGGAAACUGCUGGCCAAACAACAGGGACCUAGCUCUGUGGUACUGCCCACUGAAUUACUGCUGGCCAAACAACAGGUACGUGGGGUAGGCAGGGACCUAGCUCUGUGGUACUGCCCACUGAAUUACUGCUGGCCAAACAACAGGCAGGGACCUAGCUCUGUGGUACUGCCCACUGAAUUACUGCUGGCCAAACAACAGGUACGUGGGGUAGGCAGGGACCUAGCUCUGUGGUACUGCCCACUGAAUUACUGCUGGCCAAACAACAGGCAGGGACCUAGCUCUGUGGUACUGCCCACUGAAUUACUGCUGGCCAAACAACAGGUACGUGGGGUAGGCAGGGACCUAGCUCUGUGGUACUGCCCACUGAAUUACUGCUGGCCAAACAACAGGCAGGGACCUAGCUCUGUGGUACUGCCCACUGAAUUACUGCUGGCCAAGCAACAGGCGGAAGAAGAAGAAAAGAAGAAACAACAACAGCAAGAGGCGAAAACGAAAAAGACAGCAGAAGUGAAAAAAGCCGACCCACCGAAACCCGAACCCGCCAAGACUAAAGCAGAGAAGAAAGCGGAGACCAAGAAGGAGAAGAAGGAAGAAAAGAAGAAGGAGAAAGCAGAGAAGAACGAAAAGAAAGGAAAGGAAAAUAAACAGGAGAAGACGCCCCAACCGCAGCCGAAGACGAAACAACCCGUCCAACAACAACAGCAGCAACAACAACAAGCGACAACAAAGAAGGAGAACAAGAAGCAACAACAGCAACAGAUGCAACAGUUGCAGCAACAGAAGUCGCAAGCCAUUAAUAUUACUCCAGAUACCACAAUUGAAGUUGUUAGCAAGAAGAACCAGUGCAGCAAUGAGUUGGAGAAGCCAGCCUCAUGCAGCAUCAUGGAACAGCUCAGCUGUGGAGUACAGGUAGCGGAUCUGAAGCUGCCCCCAGGUAUAACCCUGACGAGGGUACAGCCCUCGGACAAGAAGGAACCACCGCCUAUCAAGUCUGUCCCGCUUUGGAAGGCCGGCCAGCUCCCCGCCGCGCCGACCCCCGUGGCCAGGCCGGCGCCCAUCAUCAACGCUGACCCAGCCAACGUCAUGUUCAGCACUGCGCAUCCCGAACCGCCGAAACCGGUGAUAAUAGCCGAGCCGCCCCCCGUGCCUGGCAAAUCGAAGAAGGCCAAGAAAAAGGCCAAGAAGGCCGCCGCGGCCGCCGAAGAAAAACAAGAUGGGUCCAAGAUCGUCACCCUGAGGAACCCCAUGUUCCAUCCUAACCUCCCACCGGUCCAGAUAAGCAAUCAGCCGGCGAAGAAACAGGAACAGAUUCGAGUGCCCGACCCGAUACCGAUGCCGCCGAACGCUUGCCAAGCGACUAUCACCCCUACGUCAAACGGAAUGUUCACUAUAAGAAAUCCUCUAAUGACGAUGAUGCACCAACAAAGUAUGAUGGGCGUCAGAGCUCAAAGUCCUCAACUCAACCCCAUGUACCCCCAGCAAUAUAACUAUGUGAACCCGAACAGUUACAGCCAAUGCGCCGACCCACCCAAAUCCGACGAUUUCCAAACACGAAUCAUGAAUUUGGCGUCGUUCACGCAAAAGAACGAUGAAGGAUACUCUUUAUUUAAAACCCCCGACGAUCAGCAACAAAGGAACUUCCUCACACCGGAAUACUUGGAAAACCAAAGCCCCAAGUCUGUCGUUUCCCCGAAUCCUAUAGGAACUAGACCGGACACGAGCCGAGGCUUCGAAUCGGAUAUAUCUCUAUUCGCCAACCCGAUACAACGGCCUGAGCCUAUAGGGACGCCUAUGAAGCAAGAAGACCAACAGUAUACCGGUCUAUACACUCCGUUCGGUCAGGAAGACCGGAACGUGUUCAGGAACGCGCUUUUCAGUGAUAAAAGCGAUGAUAAAGGGUUAAAGCACGUCGCGAAUGGAGACUCGUUGCCAUAUUUCCAAAGGCUUAGAGUCGGAGCGAAGCUGAACAAUGAAGUUUCUAUCCACCGCGUUACUGACUCCAAGUUCUACAAGGGGCAGGAGCCCGGUCACCCUCUGGAGUGCGGAGUGUGUGAGGAGUCCCUCUUCAGCAGACCGGCCCACGCCUGGCCCGACCAGCUAUACUCCGCUGCUAUUAAACCAGGAGCGCAAUCAGCCCGCAGCUCCCCCACGGGGUCGUCCGUCCAGUCUACCAGCAGUGGGGGCGGUGGGGUCAGCCAGUUGCCCCCCGGCGCGGGCCCCGCCACCCCGCCUGCCGAUGACCGAAGGUUCGGUCCCAUCGGAGCUCGGCAUGCGCACCCAGAAUCGAGCGUAUUCCUCCCCGACUCCAGCAUAACGAAUCUAUCGGUACUUGAAGUGUCCGAACGGGAAAUCGAAUCCUUCAAACGGUUCGACUUUUACUUCGAGCCGCCACAGCACAAGCCGAAAGUACAACUAGACGUCAGAGAUAUCGCCGCGGCCUUAAGGCAAAACCACAAGUAA